AAAAAAAGACGACCUGAUCAGAUCUAAUAUCAUAUUCUGUUAUCUUCAUAAUCAAAAAAAAUUUCUAUUAUGCCAAAUAACUUACAGUCCUUCAUCGGAGGAAAUGCAUUAGAAAACGCACCUUCCGGAGCCGUCCGCGACUUUGUCAGUCAACAUGGAGGUCAUAGCGUGAUCACAAAGAUCUUGAUUGCUAACAACGGUAUUGCUGCCGUCAAGGAGAUUCGAUCCGUUCGUAAAUGGGCAUAUGAGACUUUUGGUGAUGAACGUGCGAUUCAGUUCACAGUCAUGGCAACGCCUGAAGAUCUCAAGGUCAACGCCGAGUAUAUCCGUAUGGCUGAUCAGUACAUCGAAGUACCAGGAGGCUCCAACAAUAACAACUAUGCUAAUGUAGACCUCAUUGUCGACAUUGCUGAGCGCACUGGGGUCCAUGCUGUGUGGGCCGGAUGGGGACAUGCUUCCGAGAAUCCCAAAUUGCCAGACGCUCUCCGUGACAGUGCUCAGAAGAUUAUCUUCAUUGGUCCUCCCGGAUCGGCCAUGCGCUCACUUGGCGACAAGAUCUCAUCUACCAUCGUAGCCCAAUCCGCCGAUGUGCCUACUAUGGGAUGGUCAGGUACUGGUAUCAAAGAAACCACCAUCGACGCCAACGGCUUCGUCACAGUUCCUGAUGAUGUCUACCAGGCUGCUUGUGUUAAAGAUGCAGAGGAUGGUCUUCAGAAGGCCCAUUCCAUUGGUUUUCCUGUUAUGAUCAAGGCUUCUGAGGGUGGUGGAGGAAAGGGUAUUCGCAAGGUCGAAGAUCCUGACAAGUUUUCUCAAGCUUUUCAUCAGGUUCUGGGCGAAGUUCCUGGAUCACCAGUGUUCAUCAUGAAACUUGCUGGCAAUGCUCGUCAUUUAGAAGUUCAGUUGUUAGCUGAUCAAUAUGGAAACGCCAUCUCCCUAUUUGGACGUGAUUGUUCAGUCCAGCGUCGCCAUCAAAAGAUCAUUGAAGAGGCCCCAGUUACGAUCGCCAAGCCCGACACAUUCGAGUCGAUGGAGAAGGCAGCUGUACGUCUCGCAAAACUGGUCGGCUAUGUUUCUGCUGGUACUGUCGAAUACCUUUACUCUCACUCCACAGACACGUUCUUCUUCCUCGAGCUUAACCCAAGAUUGCAAGUCGAGCAUCCUACGACUGAAAUCGUCUCAGGUGUCAAUUUGCCCGCUGCCCAGCUUCAGAUUGCCAUGGGUCUGCCUUUGAACAGGAUCAAAGACAUCCGUGUUCUGUAUGGCCUUCAGCCCACUGGAACGUCCGAAAUCGAUUUUGAGUUCGCUCAACAGAUCUCAUACGAAACCCAGCGUAAACCUGCUCCUAAAGGGCACGUCAUCGCUGUCCGUAUCACCGCUGAGAAUCCCGAUGCUGGUUUCAAACCCUCAAGUGGAAUGAUGCAAGAACUCAAUUUCCGCUCUUCAACCAAUGUCUGGGGUUAUUUCUCUGUGAGCUCUGCUGGUGGCCUUCACGAGUUCGCGGACUCGCAGUUUGGACAUAUCUUUGCUUAUGGUCAAGAUCGUGGUCAAUCUAGAAAGAACAUGGUCGUGGCUCUCAAGGAGCUUUCAAUCCGUGGUGAUUUCCGCACCACAGUCGAGUACCUGAUUCGCUUAUUGGAGACCCAAGAGUUUGAAGAAAACACUAUUAAUACUGGCUGGCUUGAUAGCUUGAUUUCCAAAAAUUUGACUGCAGAGCGUCCUGAGACCAUGCUGGCUGUCAUGUGUGGUGCUGUUAAUAAGGCUCAUAAUAUCGCUGAGAACUGCCUCAAGGAGUACAAGAAGUCUCUGGAAAAGGGCCAAGUGCCCAGCAAAGAUAUCUUACGCUCGGUAACCCAACUCGACUUUAUAUACGACGGCGUCCGUUAUAAUUUUACAGCCACUCGUUCGGGACCCAACUCCUACACUCUUUAUCUUAAUGGCUCAAUGAUCUCGACCUCGGUUCGCCCACUGACUGAUGGAGGGCUCCUAGUGCUUUUGGAUGGCAAGGCUCAUACUACCUAUUCUUUGGAGGAGGUCCAGGCUACACGGUUGAUGGUCGAUGGCAAGACUUGUUUGUUGGAGAAAGAGAAUGAUCCUACUCAACUGCGCUCUCCUUCUCCAGGCAAGCUUGUGCGCUAUCUGGUCGAGUCAGGAGACCAUGUCACUGCCACACAAGCCUAUGCCGAAAUUGAGGUCAUGAAAAUGUAUAUGCCUUUGAUUGCUACCGAGGAUGGUAUUGUCCAGUUCAUUAAACAGCCUGGCACUACCCUUGAGGCUGGCGAUAUCAUAGGCAUUCUCAGUUUGGAUGACCCCUCGCGCGUUCGCCACGCCAAGCCUUUCGAAGGUCAGCUUCCUGUUAUGGGACAGCCUACUUUGUACGGAGCCAAGCCUCACCAACGCUACCGUGAGUUGCGCCUAAUUCUCGACAACGCUAUGGAUGGCUAUGAUAAUCAAGCAGUGAUCCAGCCCACACUCAAAGAUAUUUUCGAUGUUCUUCAGAACCAUGAGUUACCUUACUUGGAGUUUAACGAGGUCUUUGCAGCCCUUAGCGGAAGACUACCGCCCAAACUGGAGGCUGCGCUCCACCAAGAGAUUGAGCAGUCAAUGAGGAAUCAUGAGCAUUUCCCUGCCCGUACACUCCAGGCCUUGAUCGACUCGCACGCCCGUGCCAACUUCUCUAAGCCCGCCGAUGCUUCAUCCUUCUUGGCUUCAGUUGCCCCGCUGACUUCGAUCAUCUCAGAGUAUCAACAUGGUCUCAAGACGCACUCUUGGAGUUUCAUUGCCCAUUACUUGAACCGUUACCACGAAGUCGAAUCACUCUUUGACGAUUCUUCGCGUGAGGAGGAAACAAUCUUAGCUUUACGUGAUCAGAACAAGGAUGAAGUCGAGAAGGUGAUCCGUAUAGCGCUUUCACAUUCACGUGUGGCAGCCAAGAACAACUUGGUGCUCGCGCUUCUGGACCAGAUCAAGCCCACAUCUUCUGGUGGCGCCCUCGACAAGUUCUUCUCGCCUGUACUGAAGAAGCUCGCUGAGCUGACUGGUCGUUUAACUUCUAAGGUCUCUCUCAAGGCCAGAGAGCUGUUGAUUCACGUCCAGCUCCCGAGCUUUGAGGAGCGUCAGCAUCAGAUGGAGAAAAUUCUCCGUUCCAGUGUGACAGAAGAGAUCUAUGGUGGCGAGCACGAGGAGCGUAUGCCCAAUUAUGAGAAUAUUAAGGAGCUGGUUGAUACAACUUACACUGUGUUCGACGUGUUACCCAAUUUCUUUUACCAUGAAUCCCUACAUGUCCGUGUUGCUGCAUUCGAGGUUUAUUGUCGUCGCGCCUACCAUGCUUACGAUAUCCUAGAUAUUAACUAUCAUAUGGAACACCAGCCUUUGCUUAUCACUUGGAAAUUCUUGCUCAACACCCCAAACAAAUCCGAAUCUGGCCCCAACCGUGUGGCUAGCGUUAGUGACAUGAGCUAUCUUAUCAAUAGAGCGGAUCCUGAGCCUGUCCGCACUGGUGGUAUCCUUGCUGUUCGUGAAAUCAAAGAAUUGGAGGACCAAUUCGAGAGCAUACUUAACUUCUUCCCUUCACACAAGUCCAACAAGCAUCUAAACAAUGUCACAACUACAAGCGCCCACAAUAACGUCCUGAACGUCGUCAUCAAGUCCGAGUCAAUUCAUCCUAACGAUGACAAUUACUGGUUGAACCUUUUGACCCCCAUCGCCAAAGGUCAGACCGAGCGUCUCCGCUCCCAUGGUAUCCGUCGUAUAACAUUCUUGAUUUUCCGCAAGGGCAACUACCCUUCAUUCUUCACCUUCCGUGAGCGCAACAACUACGCAGAGGAUCAGACCAUCCGACACAUCGAGCCUGCUAUGGCUUACCGUCUCGAACUGUCACGUCUCUCCAACUUUGAUAUCAAGCCCUGCUUUGUUGACAACCGCCAAGUUCAUGUAUACUAUGCGGUGGGCAAGGAGAACACCUCAGAUUGUCGCUUCUUCGUCUGCGCUCUAGUCCGUCCUGGUCGCCUGCGUUCAAGCGUUCGUACCGCUGAUUACUUAAUCUCAGAGACAGAUCGUUUGCUGAAUGAUAUUUUGGAUGCUCUCGAGAUCGUGGGUGCGACCUAUAAGCAGAGCGACUGCAACCAUCUGUUCAUCAACUUUAUCCCUACUUUCCAAUUGGAUGCUAACGAGGUCGAAUCUGCUCUUAAGGGAUUUAUCGACCGCCAUGGAAAGCGUCUCUGGCGCCUCCGUGUCACCGGCGCUGAGAUUCGUUUCAAUGUUCAGUCCAAAUCUACCAAUGGCGCUGAGGCUACGGACCCUAUUCCUCUUCGCUUUAUUAUUUCAAGCAUCUCUGGAUACGUCUUAAAUGUGGAUACUUACCGUGAAGUUCAAACUGAGAAGGGGGCAAUCUUCAAGUCUGUUGGAACCCCUGGCCCUUACCAUCUCCUUCCUGUCAACCAGCCCUACCCCACCAAGGAGUGGCUCCAGCCCAGGCGUUACAAGGCUCAUUUGAUGGGCACAACCUAUGUGUAUGACUUUGGCGAACUCUUCCGUCAAGCUAUUCGCACACAAUGGAGCCACGCUGUGAGGCAGAACAGUUCACUCAAGGCACCUUCUCAGGUUCUGGAAAUGCGCGAGUUGGUCCUGGAUGAUAAACAAGAGCUUCAGGAGAUUGCGCGCGAGGCUGGAUCAAAUACUUGUGGCAUGGUGGCCUGGAUCUUCACUCUUCGCACUCCAGAAUACCCUGAAGGUCGCCAGAUCAUUGUGAUUGCGAACGAUAUUACUUACAACAUCGGAUCAUUCGGCCCUGAGGAAGAUUUUGUCUUCUACAAGGCAUCCGAGUUAGCCAGAAAGUUGGGUAUCCCUCGAAUUUAUCUCUCUGCUAACUCUGGCGCUAGGAUCGGACUGGCCAAUGAGGUUAUCUCAUUGUUUAACUCGUGCUGGAACGAUCCCGAAAAUCCUGCAAAGGGAUUCAAGUACAUUUACCUUACUGAUGCUGGUUUAAAGCAGCUCCAAGCUAAUGAAGAACGCGCAGGCAAAAAGAGUGUUAUCACUGAGACCAUCGAGGAGGAUGGUGAAGUUCGUCACAAAAUUACGGAUGUCAUUGGUGUUGUCGAUGGCCUUGGAGUAGAGAAUCUGCGUGGAAGCGGUCUGAUCGCCGGUGCAACUUCUCGUGCCUAUGAAGAUAUCUUUACCAUCACCUUGGUUACCUGCCGCUCUGUUGGUAUUGGCGCUUACUUGGUUCGCCUGGGUCAGCGCACGAUCCAGAAUGAAGGUCAACCCAUCAUUUUGACAGGUGCCCCCGCAUUGAACAAAGUCCUUGGUCGAGAUGUGUACACCUCCAACUUGCAGUUGGGUGGUACCCAAAUCAUGUAUAAGAACGGUGUCUCACACUUGACUGCCCAGAAUGAUUAUGAGGGUAUCAGCAAGAUCGUUAACUGGCUUUCAUAUGUCCCUGAUCGCAAGAACGCACCUGUGCCCAUCAUAAUUAGCAACGAUCCUUGGGACCGCGAUAUCGACUACUUACCUCCUAGGGGGGUUGCCUACGACCCCCGUUGGAUGUUAGUAGGAAAGGAGCCCGAAGAAGAAGGAGCAGCUUUCCAGACAGGAUUCUUCGACAAGGGUUCGUUCACUGAGACGUUGAGCGGAUGGGCUCGAACUGUUGUGGUUGGACGUGCUCGUCUGGGUGGUAUCCCUAUGGGCGUAAUUGCAGUUGAGACUCGAUCAGUUGAGCACAUUAUUCCAGCUGAUCCCGCCAACGGUGACUCUGUUGAGCAGGUCUUGAUGGAGGCCGGUAACGUCUGGUAUCCCAACUCGGCCUACAAAACUGCUCAAGCAAUCAACGACUUUAACAAGGGUGAACAGCUUCCUUUGAUGAUCUUUGCUAACUGGCGUGGAUUCUCAGGUGGUCAGCGUGACAUGUACAAUGAAAUUCUCAAGUAUGGUUCCUACAUCGUCGAUGCCCUCAGUUCCUAUAAGCAGCCCGUAUUUGUCUAUGUUGUCCCCAACGGAGAGCUUCGUGGUGGUGCCUGGGUUGUAGUCGAUCCUACCAUUAACCAGGACAUGAUGGAGAUGUACGCCGACAAGCGUUCCAGGGCCGGCGUUCUUGAACCCGAGGGUAUUGUGGAAAUCAAAUUCCGUAAGACUCAACUCUUGGCCACCAUGGAACGUUUGGAUGAAAAGUACCGCGCCCUCAAGAAUCAAUACGAAGACCCUGCUCUUGCUGGCGCAGAGCGCGAUGCGAUCAAGAGCAAACUCACAGAGCGUGAGCAAGAAUUGUUACCAGUUUAUCAGCAGCUUGCCAUCCAGUUCGCAGACCUUCACGAUACUGCUGGCCGUAUGAAGGCCAAGGGCACAAUCCGCGAGGCUCUUGACUGGACUAACGCCCGUCGCUUCUUCUAUUGGCGUGUACGUAGGAGAUUGGCCGAGGAGUAUGUCCGUCGCAGAAUGGUAGCUGCUAAGAAGACACAAACUCGUGACGAGCAAACUGUAACCCUUUUGGGAUGGUUUGGUCGCGACAUUGCCCAUUCGAGCGAGAGUGAUCUGAAACAGAUUUGGGAAACUGAAGACCGCAUUGUCUUCGAGUGGCUCGAGAGCGAAGCAAACAAGAUUAAUCAUUUCAUUCAGGAGCUUGCCAGAGUAGGCACUGCUGACGAAAUCUUAAGGAUGUAUACUUCAGAUCGUGCCGCUGUUGUUGAGGGCUUCGAUCGCAUCUUCCAAAGCCUCACUGGUCAAGAAAAGCAAGACAUUUUAGCAAAAUUCUCUUCCAUGGCUGUGUAGACAAGUAGAAGCAAAUCCAUACCUAUCCAUACAUAGUCACACUAGUUUUUUAAUAUCCCUACAGUACAGCAACUCAUCACAUUCUCAUUGUCAUCACCACUAUUACCAUUAUCAUUGCGAAUAGGCAGAGCAUGAGCAUUUUAAAAUAUAAAUAAAAGAGCAUCCACAAU